ACUAUGGAAAUCUGAAAGUGGCAGGCCGACCAAUGAAUUUCAUUCUACACAAACCGGCCGUGUUGUGUAGAAAUGGAUAUAUUCACCUCUUCUUUCCAGUUUCCAGCGAAAAGAAAAAGAGUGAAUAGAAAGAAUGAAAUUAAUGAAUGAAUCACGCAGGAGAAAUUUCAGGGUGGCUCAAACUGAACAGGGCAGCAUGAACCAACCAUCUGCAGUUGAAGCUCUUGUUUAUUUAUCAUUUGCAGCAAUGGGUUCUUUUUUCUUCUUCAUUCUCUAUAUAACUUCAUUGUAUGCUAACACAAACCGCACUGAGGUAAACUGCCCCGCAGUGAAAUGCAGUCAUGGCACCCCUGAACCUGAUAUUCAUUUCCCUUUUCGCUUAAAAGACCAGGUGCUUCAACACUGUGGUCUCCCCGGUUUCGAGCUGUUUUGCACAGAAAACACCACUAUGAUUCACUUUCCAUCUUUUGGUGACUUGGUUGUGAAAUCAAUCUCAUACGAUACCAAAAAAAUUGAACUGCUUGACCCCAAAAGUUGUGUCCAUGAAGUUUUUCUGAAUCUCAAUCUUUCUCCUCCUUCGCUCUUCAACUAUUACUUCAUUGCGAGGAACUACACAUACCUCAAUUGUUCAGCCAGGCUUCCGCCUGCUUUCAAGGAAGUCCCAUGUUUAAGUGGCUCUACACAUUUUGUUUACACUGUGAAGCCUUCUUUGGCGGUUCCGUUGUCUUGCAGGGCUGUGAAAACAAUUGCGAUUCCGUUUGCAUAUAGUCCUUAUCUCUCUGACAAUAGUUUCGGACUUGGACUAACUUGGGAAUUGCCUGGAUGUGAAGGCUGUGAAGGAAAGGGAGGCCUGAAGAAAUUCCUGUCAAAAGCAACAUUUAUCAAUUACAUAAAAUACCUUCAAGGGCUAUACCUUGAAGUUUAAGGAAUUCUUGAUUAUCAGACAUUGAAGCAACGAAUGAAAAGUCCAGAUGGGAAAUUAGGGAGGAUGAUUUUAGAUAUUGUUGCGUAUGUGUAAUUCUAUGGCUACACUAACUGCCGUGUCAUAUAUUUUGUUCAGUAAAUGUGCUAAGGUUGAUUCUGGCAAA